AUGGCUGGCUGGAGCUCAGAAGCCCUUUCGUUCGACAAGCUUGGUCUCCCGGCCAUCGUGGCCGCCGCGGUCGUCUUCGUCCUCAUCUCCGAAUACUACCGCUAUGCCAAGGGCAAGCUUCACCUCCCGGGUCCCAUGCCCUACCCCAUCUUCGGUAACCUGCCCCAGCUUGGCAAGGACGCUGCUCUCACCAUGCACAAGUGGAGCAAGAAGUACGGCGACGUCUUCAAGGUCACCCUCGGCGAGCGCGAGAUCAUGAUCAUCAACUCGGCCAAGGCCACCAAGGAGCUCCUCUCCGACCAGGGUGGUGUCUACAUUUCGCGCCCCAUGUUCCACAACUACCACUCGACCCUCUCCACCUCGGCCGGUUUCACCAUCGGUACCUCCCCUUGGGACGAGUCGUGCAAGCGCAAGCGCAAGGCUGCUGCCACUGCCCUCAACAAGACCUACGUCCAGGAGUACCUUCCCAUCAUUGACCGCGAGGCCCUCGCCCUCGUUGAGGACCUCUACGUGAACGGCAAGGGUGGAGCCCUCGAGAUCGACCCCGCUGCCUACUGCUCGCGUUACGCUCUCAACACCUCGCUCUCUGUCAACUACGGCUGCCGUCUCGACUCGGUCGGUGACGACCUCCUUGCCGAGAUCAUCGACAUUGAGACUGGUGUCUCUGACAUUCGUUCCACCACCUCUUCGUGGUCCGACUACGUCCCCCUCCUCCGCAAGCUCCCCACCAUCCGCAAGACCUCGGGCGGCUACACCACCCAGGAGAUCAAGGAGCGCCGUGAUAAGUACAUGGGUCUCCUUCUCGAUGACCUCAAGGAGAAGAUUGCCAAGGGCACCGACGCCCCCUGCAUCACCGGCAACAUUCUCAAGGACCCCGACGCGAAGCUCACCCCCCUCGAGCUCUCUUCCAUCUGUCUUUCCAUGGUCUCGGCCGGUCUCGACACCCUCGGCAACACCUUCAUCUGGUCGCUCGGCUUCAUGGCCAAGCACCCCGAGAUCUGGGAGAAGGCCUACACUGAGCUGAACAAGAUCUCCAACGGCAACCCCCCCGACUCGACCGAGGAGACCUGCGAGUACAUUGUCGCCCUCUACCGCGAGGCUGCCCGCUACUUCUCCGUCCUCAAGCUCUCGCUCCCCCGCGCCACCCUCGGCGACUCGGAGUACAAGGGCGUCCACGUUCCCUCUGGCACCACUGUCUUCCUGAACGCCUGGGCCGUCCACCACGACGAGGACCGCUACGGCGACGUUGAGAACUUCCGCCCCGAGCGCCACCUCGAGCAGAAGGACAAGGAGGGUGCUCUUGCCCACUACUCCUUCGGUGCCGGUCGCCGCAUGUGCGCUGGUGUCCACCUUGCCAACCGCGAGAUGUACGUCGGUUUCGCCAAGCUCAUCUACUUCUUCAAGCUCGAGGUCGGCUCUGAGGACUACGACAUCAACCCCGAGACCGCUUGCAAGAACACCUACGGUCUCUCCUCCACUCCCUUCCCCUACAAGGUCCGCUUCGUUCCCCGUGACCCCGAGGCCAUUGAGCAGUGGAUCCAGGACGAGAAGUCGCGCAACGACAUCUCGAUCGCCUCGGCCAUCAAGUCCAAGGUCAACGCUUAA